CAGAGGGACGUGAACACGUUGUCCCUCUGCGCAGGCGUGGUCGGCGCGCGGCGCAAUGGCGGGGCGGCACGUUUCUCGAGUCCGGGCCUUGUAUAAGCGCGUCUUGCAGCUGCAUCGUGUUCUGCCCCCGGACCUCAAAGCCCUGGGCGACCGGUAUGUGAAGGACGAAUUUAGGAGACAUAAGGCUGUUGGUUCUGACGAGGCCCAGCGUUUCUUGCAGGAAUGGGAGGUGUAUGCAACAGUGUUAUUGCAACAAGCUAAUGAAAACAGGCAAAAUUCAACUGGAAAAGCAUGUUUUGGCAUCUUCCUCCCAGAAGAAAAACUUAAUGACUUUCGUGAUGAACAAAUUGGACAGUUGCAGGAGCUGAUGCAAGAAGCCACGAAACCCAAUUGGUAAUUUAGUGAUUCUGAGUCUGCGGAACCAAAAUUGUAGUCUACAUCAAAGCUUAACAAGACAUGCAAGAAUUUAGAACCCUUACUUUAAUUAUCACUGGUUUUUGAAAUAUUCAAGCUUUGAAAAUGCCUGUUACUAAUGAAAUAUUUUAUUUUUGGAUAUUAUAAAUGUAAUAUAUGGAUCAAGAUCACUAGUGACAAUUGAAAAAACGUCAUUGGAAUAAUAGCACUUGAUGUAUGAAAUUCGAUUUUACAACUAAAUAGGAAAGAAUGGAUCAAAAUAGACAAGUUUCUAGAAUUUUGCUGAAAAAAUUUUAAAAUGCUAUUCUCAUCCAAGAAUAUUAGCCUUCUGGCUUUUCUUUAGCUUCAUCAAAGAAGUAUGUUGUGAUAAUGAUAGAUGUAGAAUUCUAGCAAGGUUAUUUUUUAAAUACAUUCAUUCUGAACAUCUCUUCUCCCUGCAUCACUGUUCAUUCACAAUAAAAGGUUAGGGAGAAACUUUAAAAUUCACUUACUAUCAAUCAUUGGUAUAACAGACUAUACAAAGUAUAA